AUGCACUCCUUUGCUUCUCUUCUCGCCUACGGCCUAGCUGCCGGCGCCACCCUCGCUUCCGCCUCUCCCAUUGAAGCCCGGGACAGCUGCACCUUCACCACGGCUGCUGCUGCCAAAGCGGGCAAGGCGAAAUGCUCUACCAUCACCCUCGACAGCAUCAAAGUGCCCGCUGGAACCACCCUCGACCUGACCGGUCUCACCAGUGGUACCAAGGUCAUCUUCGAGGGCACUACGACCUUCGACUAUGAAGAAUGGGCAGGCCCCUUGAUCUCCAUGAGUGGCAAAGACAUCACCGUCACUGGUGCCUCAGGCCACCUCAUCAACUGCGACGGUUCGCGGUGGUGGGACGGUAAGGGGACCAGCGGAAAGAAGAAGCCCAAGUUCUUCUACGCCCAUGGCCUUGACUCCUCGUCCAUUACUGGAUUGAAUAUCAAGAACACUCCCCUUAUGGCGUUUAGUGUUGAGUCGGAUGACAUCACCCUGACUGACAUUACCAUCAACAAUGCGGACGGUGAUAGCCUGGGUGGACACAACACUGAUGCGUUUGAUGUUGGUAACUCGGUCGGUGUAAAUAUCAUCAAACCAUGGGUUCAUAACCAGGAUGACUGUCUUGCGAUCAAUUCUGGCGAGAACAUCUGGUUCACCGGCGGCACCUGCAUUGGCGGCCACGGUCUCUCCAUCGGCUCUGUCGGCGACCGCUCCAACAACGUCGUCAAGAAUGUCACGAUUGAGCACUCCACCGUGAGCAAUUCCGAGAACGCCGUUCGGAUCAAGACUAUCUCCGGUGCCACUGGCUCCGUGUCUGAGAUCACCUACUCCAACAUUGUCAUGUCCGGCAUCUCCGAUUACGGCGUCGUUAUCCAGCAGGAUUACGAGGAUGGUAAGCCUACGGGUAAGCCCACGAACGGUGUCACUAUUACGGAUGUCAAACUGGAGAGCGUUACUGGUACUGUGGAUAGUAAGGCCACUGAUAUCUAUCUUCUUUGCGGAUCUGGUAGCUGCUCGGACUGGACUUGGGACGAUGUGAAGGUCACUGGGGGAAAGAAGUCUAGCGCUUGCAAGAACUACCCUUCGGUGGCUUCUUGCUAG